UGAAGACAGUGCCUGUAAUCAUUCACUAUGCAUACACUGUAUGCACAGGCUUGAAAAGCAGGGGAGGGAGAAAAGUGUGUGUUAUAACUGUCAACAUUUAAUUCCCCAGAAGGACUUCCAACAUAGUUAAAAUAUCAGGCUUCAAUGUGUAGCAUUAAUAUUAACAUUUUGGUGCAAUCAAUAAACUACCCACAAUGCAUCUGCAAAAUCUGAUUUUAUAAAAAUGGACCAGCCUAACAGAAUGAAGAACGAAGGCGUAGAAUACAGUCUUUACCGAACCCCUUUGUCUGACAUGGCUAAUACGAUAAUGUCAGCAAUUCGUUUUCUUUCCUCAGAGAGAAUACCAAGUCCUGUACUGCAGAACCAGAUGCAAAAGCAAGAGGAUUUUGGAAAGCCUAGUGCUGGAUUCACCUUUUUGAAUAAUUCAGAUUUAUUUUGCAAAGAAGAAUCCAAGAAAGGAUACCAACAGCAUGCUACUGUAGACAGCAUGCCGCACAGGUACUGUAUUAGCAGCUCGUACCAAAUUUCAGAAGAAAACAUUCAUAAGCAGCUGAUGAUGGCCAAUGAAACAAAAAAGUUUGAGAAAGUGGGACAUUGCAAAAUGGAUACAGCGAAUGAAACACCACCUUCAAACGCAAAGCUAAUUGUACCAGGAGCUAGACUAGGAAGGAUGACACCCUUGCACAGGAAAAGAAGUCUGGCUAAUGAAAAGAAUGCACCUGGAAUAUCUCACAGAGACAUUACUUUUGCUAAAAUUUGUAGUACAGGAUUCGCAGACUCAGACAUAUCUUAUAUAGGAUGUAAACAUGAAAAAUGUGUUCACCCACCAAAUCAUGCCUCUACUGAAGCAGCUGUAAAAUUCUGUUGUGGUGCAUUUGAAUGUGGAGCGAAGCAGCAAAGGAUGAAAAUACAAAAGAGAGAAAAACUGGAAAACGUAGAGAGCAAUUUAGUGAAUCUGAAGGCAGCUAAUAAUUUCACACUGCAAAAAGAAUGUAUUAGUACUGUAAAAGGAAAGGAUUGCUAUGAAAAAGUCUUAUCACCAGAAACAGGAUUAGGAACAUUAAUCUGUGAUGCCGCUACUCUGAGACCAAAAGAAAGAACUGAUCUACUCCAAGAAGUAGGACAAGCAGCUACUGUCAUAAUAACCAUGGUAUAUCAUGAUGGGUCAUCACAGCUUACUGCAAGAAAGGACCCUGAUUCAUCAGUAAGUGGAUUUCUUAUAUCAUUGAAGAGUUCUUCAACUGCUUUUUGUCUUAAGUCACAAAUUCAAGAGGAUAAUACACUUAAUUGUGAUGCACAGGACAAAAACUCCAAAUGUAUUUACUUAAAGUUUGGGCAGACUCCUGCUUGGCUGUCUCAAGGAGAUGAUUACAGUGAGUUUUCUAGGGAAACCUUGCUGCGAAUACUGAAGUGUCAUGGUUAUGUUAUUUGUUUUAACUCCAAAGACAUGCUGAGAACAGUGUUUCAUCAUUAUGGAAACUAUAUUUCCUGGAAACAAGUUAUCAGCUGUGAAGUUUUAGAUCCAAGAAUUGCAGCAUGGUUAUUAGACCCAGCUGACACGGUGCCUAGUUUUAAAGAUUUAGUAGUUAAGCACUGUGGAGAAUCUGCUGUGAAAGGACCAGAUAAUCUUAAACCAGAGUCAUCAAGACAUAUGAAGAUGCAGAAUCUGUGUUCCAGCUUGGAUGUACUUUAUCAUCUCAUGAUAAAACUUCGUAUCCAACUACAGAGGCAAGGCUUAUGGCAACUCUUUUGUACUAUGGAACUACGACUGAUCACAGUUUUAGCAGUGAUGGAGACUCACAAGAUUCAUGUAGAUAAAGCAGGACUUAAAAGAACAUCAUUGCUUCUUGAGACACGUCUCAUGCAACUGGAGAAGGAUGCACAUCAGGCUGCUGGACAACAGUUCCGGCUGACCAGUAGCUGUGAUUUAAGACAGGUUUGCUCUAUACUGACAUCAAAGAUACGCGGAAAGGUGGCUGCCUUCAGAAAGUAGGGAUGAGGAGACAUGGUG